CUGAUACGCCCGACGACAGAUAUUCAUGCGCCGGCGAACCAGGGUCAGGUGUGCUUCAAGGGCAAGUUCGGGCUGGACUUCGUGAACAACACCCGGCGGCGACUGAAGAAGCCGCUGGUGAGGCACAGGGGCGAACUAGAAGAAGUUUCCUGGCCCGACGCGCUGGACGCCGCUGCGGAACGACUUGUCAGGCUCAGGGGCGAUCAGUAUGCCAUAGUCGUUUCCCCGCGCGGCACGAAUGAGGACAACUAUGUUGCCCAGAAGUUCGCGCGCGCUGUGAUGGGCAGCAAUAAUGUUGACAUCUCAUCGAACCUGCGCCCUGAGUUGACCGCGCCACUGCGGGAAAUGCUUGGGCAGGCCGCUGCCACCAACCCCAUCUGGGACCUGGAGCAAGCCAGCUCGAUACUGGUCGUCGGCUCGAACAUGACCGAGGAGCAGAACGUCAUCGGCGUGCCCAUCAAGAAAGCGGUGAAGGCAGGGCGCGAGUCUGGUGGUCAUAGACCAGCGGGAGACUGA